AUGGAGGAAACAUAUCUGGCAAAUGUUGAAGGUAUUAAAAAGACAAUUCUCCAUGGAGGAACUGGCGAGCUGCCAAAAUUUCUCACAGGAUCCAAAGUCACAUUUCAUUUUCGGACUAUAAAAUGUGACGGAGACCGAACAGUUAUUGAUGACAGUAAACAAGUCAGCAGGCCAAUGGAAAUAAUUCUCGGCAAUAUGUUUAAACUGGAAGUGUGGGAAAUUUUAAUAUCUUCCAUGAGGAUCGGGGAGGUUGCUGAAUUCUGGUGUGAUGUCAUUCAUACCGGUCUGUAUCCAACUGUAGCAAAGAGCCUGCGUUUGAUCGUAGAAGGAAAGGAUCCAACAGACUGGCAUGUUCAUACCUGUGGCCUCGCCAAUAUGUUUGCCUAUCACAGCUUGGGAUAUGAUGAUCUGGAUGAAUUGCAGAAAGAACCUCAGCCACUCAUCUUUGUUAUUGAGCUGUUGAAGAUGGAGUCACCAAGUGCUUACAAACGAGAAACAUGGGCCAUGAAUGAUGAUGAGAAACUUAAAGCUGUGCCACUUCUUCAUGGAAUGGGAAACAAACUGUUUAAACUCGGCAGGUACCCAGACGCAUUGGCAAAAUAUCGUGAGGCUGUUAUCUGCUUAAAGAAUCUACAAGUAAAGCAAAAGCCCUGGGAGGUUCAAUGGCUCAAAUUGGAGAAGAUGAUUGUCACGUUAGUCCUGAACUACUGCCAAUGUCUUUUGAAGAUGGAAGAAUACUAUGAAGUGCUGGAGCAAACAACUGAUAUCCUCAAUAAUCAUCCAGGUACUGUGAAAGCUUACUUUCUGAGGGGCAGAGCUCAUGCAGAGGUAUGGAACAAAUCUGAGGCCAUAGCAGACUUUGAAAAAGUUUUAGAAUAUGAUAGUGGAAUGACCAAGGCAGUGAAAAAACAACUCCAGAUCCUUGAUUGCAGAAUGAGGGAAAAGGAAGAGGAAGAUAAGCUACAAUUUAAAAGGAUGUUUCACAAAUGA